AUGACUGGCGCGGGCGGACGCUUUCAGUCCCCCCAACGGGGGAACGGGGGAGGGGGCAGCGGGGGAGAGGGAGGCACUGGCGCGGGGAAUGGGAUCGAGGGGAUGGGGAGUGGGGGAGAGGGCGGAACGGGGGGCAGGGGUGGGGAAGGCAGUGGGGGGGAUGGUGGGGGGAGUGGAAACGGAGGGGGUUCGGGAAGGGGAAGUGGUGGGGGCGAGGGGAGUGGGGGAGAGGGAAGCGGAGGGGAAGGGGGGACAGGGGGGCAGGCUAUGGGGAUGGGAGGUGGGGGGGCGGAGGAGGGGAGGAGGCAGUCAGGGGGACAGUCAGUGAGGCGCGAGGGGAAUGCCAUGGGCGGAGAUGGCGGAGAUGGGGGGGAAAGGGGGAGGGAUGGCGGAGAGAGGAACAGAGUUUGUGGUACCGUUCCCAUCACUGCUACUGCCGCUGCAGGCGCUAAUGCUUGUGGGGAGGCACAGGGGGGGCUGGAGGGGAUGAGGGAGAGAGGGAGGGGGAGCGCAUCAGGAGCAACAGAGGCGUUGAAUGUGGCAGCGAGGGAUUUGAGAGGCGAGGGGAGCGGUGGCGAGGCAGACGGGGCGGAGGGCAGUGUUGGGCGAGAGGACGGUGGUGCUGCGUGUGCGGGUGGUGUGGGUGAUGUGGGUGAUGUGGGUGGUGCUGCGGGUGUGGUCGGGCGUAAACGAGGCAGAGAGGAGGAGGCAGAAGGUGGAGACAUGGCAGCGAUGGAUGGACGAGAAGGGGGAGGCAAGAGCAGCAAGAGGCGCGAGUGGCUCUCUGAGGGGAUAGGCGCAGCAAGAGAGGCGCAGCGGAUACAGGCGCAACAGCAACAACAAGGCCAGGCGGAAGAGCAGGAGGAGGAGGAGGGGCGAGAGGGUGCGGAUGUGCACAUGAGAGAGGGUUUUGAGGAGAUGGGGCAGGAGGAGGAUGGAGAGGAGACGGAGGAUGAGAAGGAAGGGGAAGAUGGUGGCGAGGAGCGUGGGGAAGGUGGGAGGGAGGAGGCGGGGCAGGAAGAGGGAGCAGCAGGGCUACUGUCGCUCUCUGCCUCUCUCGCUGCACCCGCCACCACUCCUUUCCAUGCACCUCCUGCCAUCGCACCUACUGCUGCUGCUGCUGUUGCGGUUGAAGGCCGCGGAGGAGAGGUGGCAGAAGGGGGUGAUGGGGGAGGGGCGGAAGCAGUGCGAGGGGCGGAAGGGGUGGAAGGUGCAUACAGUGCGCAGGGGGCAAGAGGUGGGGAAGGGGCAGGCAGUGCGGAGGGCGCGGAGGGCAGUGGAGGGGUGAUGAGUCGGCAGGCAGCACGGGAGGCGGCACUCAAUAAGUUCCGGCUCAAGCGCAAAGAGCGGAACUUUGAAAAGAAGGUGCGCUACCAGAGUCGCAAGCGACUGGCAGAGCAGCGCCCGCGCUUCAGAGGCCAGUUUGUCCGCCAGCCCGCCCUCCCUCCCACUCCUCCUCCGCCCACCGCCGCUCCUCCUCCCACUUCCCUCACUCCUCCCCCCGCUCAUCCCACCGCGCUGCAGCCGCGCCUGCCUCUCCCACCCGGCACCGCUCCUUCCGUGCAUGCAGAGAGGGGCCAAGGCAGCACGCCCUUUCCUGUGCACCUGCCAGUCAUGCACGCGCAAGGCGUGGCAGGAGUGGCGGGAAUGACAGGAGUGCAUGUGCCAGGGAUGGUGGCAGCAGCACCAGCGCCAGCACCAGCAGCCAGCAACCUCGACCGGACCAUGCAGUUCUUUCCUAUCGCUCCCUGCCCUGCUGUCGCUACCGCGCCUUCCAUUGCCGCUGCCCCUCCCUCCGGUCCUCUCCCGCUUGCCCUGAGCAGCCGCGGUCAGGAGAGGGUAUUUAUGAGCCACAGCAACGGCAUCAGCAUCGGGAGUUUCGCAGCCAUGGUUCUCGAGGCCACGGUGGUGUGCGUGGACAACUCCGAGUGGAUGCGGAAUGGCGACUACGCGCCGUCGCGCUUCCAAGCGCAGGCUGACGCGAUUAAUCUCAUAUGCGGCGCCAAGACGCAGUCGAACCCUGAGAACACGGUGGGCAUUCUGACGAUGGCGGGCAAGGGCGUGCGCGUGCUCGUCACACCCACCGCUGACCUCGGGAAGAUCCUCUCUACCAUGCACGGUCUGGAGGUGGGCGGAGACACGAAUCUGCUGUCAGGGCUGCAGGUGGCUCAGCUGGCACUGAAGCACCGGCAGAACAAGAACCAGCGCCAGCGCAUCGUUCUCUUUAUUGGCAGUCCCGUGGCAGCUGACAUUGAAACCCUGGUGAAGGCGGGGAAGAGGCUGAAGAAGAACAACGUGGCGUUGGACGUGGUGAGCUUUGGGUGGGACGGCGAGGACGAGGACAAGCAGGCCAAGCUGGAGGCGCUGCUGGGUGCCGUCAACAGCAACGACAACUCGCACCUGCUGCACGUGCCACCCGGCCCGGCUGUUCUUUCCGACGUGCUCAUCAGUUCCCCCGUGUUCACAGGAGAUGGGGAGGGCGGCAGUGGCUUCGCAGCAGCAGCCGCUGCGGGGGCAGCGGCGGCGGUGGCAGCAGGGGGCGGGGGGCUGGGGGGCGACUUUGACUUUGGCGUUGACCCGAGCGUUGACCCUGAGCUGGCCCUGGCCCUGCGCGUGUCCAUGGAGGAGGAGAGAGCCCGCCAGGAGGCCGCUGCUAGGAAGGCCGCAGCUGAACAGCAGGCUGCUGCUGGUGGUGGGGGUGAGGGAGGGAGUGGAGGGGAGGGUGGAGAAGGGGGGAAGGGGGAUGUGGCGAUGGGGGAGGGGGAGAAGAAAGAGGAGGAGGGGCGUGCCACUGCUGCCCCUGCUGCUGCUGACGUUGCUAUGGUGAGUGGUGGCGUGAUGGGAUGUGGGUUGGUACUUGGCAGCAUCUACCGAUCAGCACCACCCACUUAUCUUUCUCUCCCAUGUUCAUUCGCCCUGUUCUUCCUCCUAUCUUUCUCCCUGUCUCCUCACACUCACCAGGACGACGAGGCAGCGCUGCUGCAGCAAGCACUGGCAAUGUCAAUGGCAGCAGGGGCGGCAGGAGGGGCGGGAGAUGCUGCCAUGCUGGAUGCCACUGCUGGAGGAGAGGAUGCUGAGCUGGCACUCGCCCUGCAGCUGUCGAUGCAGGAGGCAGCAGAGGAGGGCAAGAAGGAGGCUGCUGCAGCAGCAGCAGGGGCGUCGGGUGAAGCACCAGCAGCAGCAGCGGCUGCGGCGCCUGGAGAUGUGGACAUGAGUCAAGUGCUGGGCGAUGCCUCUUUUGUCAACUCCAUUCUCUCCUCGCUGCCAGGCGUGGAUCCCAAUGACCCCUCUGUGCGGGACGUGCUCGCCUCACUCGCCCCCUCCCAGCCCCCCAAGGAUACGGAAGAGAAGCCUAAGGAAGACAAGUGA